CAGUCAAACCUGGCAAUGUGAGGAACAUCAUCCAGCACUUUGAGAACAACCAGCAUUAUGACAGCCAGGAGCCUGGCACGCAGCGUCUCUCCACCGGCAGCUUCCCCGAGGACCUGCUGGAGUCAGACAGUUCCCGCGCUGAGGUCAAGCUGGGCCGCUCGGAGAGCUUGAAAGGCCGGGAGGAGAUGAAGAAAUCCCGGAAAGCAGAAAACGUGCCUCGGUCCCGUAGCGAUGUGGACAUGGAUGCUGCUGCCGAGGCCACGAGGCUUCACCAGUCAGCCCAGUCAGCAUCGUCAUCCGCUUCCAGCCUUUCCACAAGGUCGCUGGAAAAUCCCACCCCCCCGUACACGCCGAAGAUGGGACGCAGGAGCAUCGAGUCGCCCAACCUCGGGUUUGGCGUGGAUCCCUUCCUGCCUCAUCUCCUGGAGGACGAGCAGGGCCAGCUCUCCGACCUGGAACCCGAGCUGGACUCCCAGAACUGGCAGCACACGGUCAGCCGGGAGCUGGUGGCCAACCUGCCGCAGAAGGAGAUCGACCGGCAAGAGGUGAUCAACGAGCUUUUUGCCACCGAAGGGUCUCACCUCCGCAUCCUCCGAGUCCUUGACCUCCUCUUCUACCAGCGGAUGAAGAAGGAGAGCCUGCUGUCCUGGGAAGAGCUGGCGCUCCUCUUCCCCAACCUCCCUGACCUGAUAGAAAUCCACAAUUCUCUCUCCGAAUCCAUGAAGAAGCUCCGGGAAGAAGGACCAAUCAUCAAAGAAAUUGGGGAUCUCAUGCUCUCUCGGUUCGAUGGCCUGGCCAAAGAGGAAAUCCAGCAGGUUGCUGCUGACUUCUGCUCUUACCAAUCCAUUGCCCUGGAGCUGAUCAAAACCAAGCAGCGCAAGGAGACCCGCUUCCAGAUCUUCAUGCAGGAAGCAGAAAGCAAUCCGCAGUGCCGGCGCCUGCAGCUCAAGGACUUGAUCAUCUCUGAGAUGCAGCGUCUGACCAAGUACCCUCUGCUGCUCGAGAACAUCAUCAAGCACACCGAGGCGGGCACCUCGGAGCACGACAAGCUGUGCCGAGCCCGGGACCAGUGUCGGGACAUCCUCAAGUACGUGAACGAGGCGGUGAAACGGGCGGAGAACCGGCACCGGCUGGAAGGCUACCAGAAACGCCUGGAUGCCACCUCGCUGGAGAGGACCAGCAACCCGCUGGCUGCCGAGUUCAAGAGCCUGGACCUCACCUCCCGGCGCAUGAUCCACGAAGGACCCCUCACCUGGCGCAUCAGCAAGGACAAGACCGUGGACCUGCACGUGCUGCUCCUCGAGGAUCUCUUGGUGCUGCUGCAGAAGCAGGAUGAGAAACUGGUGCUCAAGUGCCACAGCAAGACAGCGCUGGGCUCUUCAGACAACAAGCAGACCUUCAGCCCCAUCCUCAAGCUCAACUCGGUGCUUAUCCGCUCCGUGGCCACAGAUAAACGAGCGCUCUUCAUCAUCUGCACGUCGGAGCUGGGCCCCCAGAUCUACGAGCUGGUGGCACUGACAUCCUCCGAGAAGAACAC